CAAGAUAGAUUGUCGGAUCGAGCAACAACGUUACAAUGGUGAGAGAACGACAAGCACCAGAGAUCCGGACCGGGAGAAGCCCGGCGCUGGACGGUGCGGCGAUGGGAAAGAACGCUGGCAAAUUGAAGAAUGUCCUCCUAGACUUGCACUGGGCGGACACUCGAUAUGCGAAUCAUCAUGAAAGUGAUGCUGCUGCCUUCUCAGGUUUGAGCCUUCUGACUUCGGUUGCUCUGUAGUUGCGUCGGAGUGCACGACGCUGUGAAACGCCGAUGCGAGUGUCAAUGCAACUGCCAUCCUGCGGGCGGCACUGUCACGGCCCAAAUUGCCAAUGUUGAUGCUGCGCUGGAGUGACGCACAGGUUGCACGAGUCAGCGAUGGGCGUGAAACGGAACAGCAUUGUUCUGCAUUCCGUGGACAUCGUCUUCGGGUGGCCAGACGGGUAUACGACUCCGUUGAUUAGGCGGCAGACACAGUGCACUGAAUAGUCG